UUAUUUAUUAUACGUUUCGUUUGUAAAAUACAAUUAUUCGGCGGCGGAGUGUCACCUCACGAUGUCUUUUUCGGUAUCAGCUCGAAUCUGCGGUCUGCAAAUUCACAUACAUAUUUAAAGCUAAAAAAUUCGCUAUUAUACUUUCCUGAUUUCUUUACAGGCAGUUGUGUCGCGGCUCUGAUAUUGCACGGUCUAAUUUUAAUUUAAAAAUAUUUUUUUGUUGAUUCUGAGUCUUCGGCGAUUGUGUGGUUUCACUGGCCUGACGGUUAUAACUAUUCCAAAUGGGCGCCCAAGCCCCGCCCGUUACAAGCACCAUAGCACAGACAAAAUGUUCGCCGUGAUGCAAAUCGACGAAGAUCACACCAGAGAUUUCAGGCGUAAACUGCGCCCAAAAUGCGAGUUCGUCUGCAAGUAUUGCCAACGUCGGUUCACUAAGUCCUACAACCUGAUGAUACACGAGAGAACCCACAAGAGUCCGGAGCUGUCCUUCAGCUGCGAGGUCUGCGGGAAGAGUUUCAAAAGGCAGGACAACCUUCGUCAGCACAGAUGUAGUCAAUGCUUGUGGCGGUGAAGGUGAGGAGGUAGCACGAUCCAACUACAGCGGUCUCUUACAGAAUAGAAGAAAUCCACUACAAUCACAAGAAAGAGACCUCAUUUUUACGGUGGUGAUGUAAAUAAAGAAGUGCACUGACAUCAUAACUAUCAUUAGAAUGAAUCAGUAUUCAAACGUCACCAUAAACUAAUUUUCAGACAUCUCUACGCGGCCUUUAAAAUUAUUCGCCAUUGAUAAAAUUAUGGGGAACAGUUUUACAUUCCGUGACUUAAGCUGUCUUUUAACGUUGACUAGAUCAAGUUUUAACAUUAACAUAACAACGAGUCUUCCUAAAUCAUUAAAUACAUACAAAUGAUUAUUAUAUUUUAAAGAUCGACUUAAUUUUUAAUAAAAAAAAAUCAUACUGUCGUCUGUGGAUUUGUAAUUCAGUGAAAAAAUGUAUUUUGGUGAUUUGUAAAUAGUAUUUAUUAGGAUUAAUGACGGUAGCGUAUAAACGGCUUAAAUGCUUAGCUAUAUGUUUAUGUAAAAUAAUAUUUAUGUUAUAUUUAAUUUUGUUAUUUGUAGCCUCUAAUACGUAGAACGUACGGAGUUAAGAAUUUAAUCUUAUAAAAGGUAUUGGGGAUAACGUUCCUAAUCAAGCGAGCGGGAAGGAGUUAGGAAUAUUAAAAUAUUUAUGAUGGUAGCCGAUAACAAAUUUGCUUCAGAAAUAUAUAUGUUGUUCCUAAAUGUAUUGCUACAAGAAAAUACAAUGUAGUUGAAAAGUUUACUGUUUGAGUAUAACAAUCCUACAGAAUUUAAGUAUUUAGCAUUUUGUUCAAUGAACGUAAAAUUAAUUCUUUACGUUUUUCAUGGUUUAAAUGACACAGAUUUUUUUAACUUGUGUUAUUACGUUAAUUUAUCCAAUAAAAUAAUAAGUUUUUAUGAUACUUGCACGGCAAUUAGAGCUAAGUGUAAAGAUACUUUUUUUUUAAAUCAUUUAUAUAGUAAUAUUAUGAUUUAACGCUACCAUACUUCGUACCGCUUACGAAGUACAGAGUAGAUAUGUUCAGAGCUGUUUUUAAUAAAUAUAUAAAUAUCGUUUAUAUUAUAUUAUAUAAAGCUGCUAUUAAGCUCGCCUGCUAGUUUUGACCCGGUUUUAUCUACCUAAAUAUAGCAGUAGCUUUUAACCCACGUUUGAUAUGAAGUAACAAUUAAUUAACAGGAUUUUUUUGUAGAUAAAUUAUCAAUCAUAUAUUCAUCAUACCACCUAUUUUUAACAGUCUUUAAAUCAAUCCUCAGUAUUCUUAUUAAAAUAUUACGUACGUAAAUAUAGCAUGUGUUUAAAUAAUAGAUAUCACUAAAUAACGUUGUAUUACAUAUUUUUAACAACAUAUUUUUUUUUCUUUGUAAAACAUCAGUGAACAAAUGUUUUUAUAUACAUAUUUAUAGUAACAUAGAGUUUUAACAUUGCGAACUUGUUGUGUAUGAAAUAUUUUUUAAUAUUGUAUGAAACAUCCUUUGUAAACUGCAGACUAAUUAUUUGAUUAACCUUUACAAUUUUUAUAAACUUUAAGGCUGGCUUGCAUCGUAUUAGCUGUUAUAGUUAAGAUUUAAGACAAAUUUAACAUCAGCAGUAACGCUGACUUUAACACAGUCUGCGGAUUGUGUUGCACCAUCGUAUUCCUUGACAUAGUUAAAGUUAAAAAGUGAAAUAUCAAAUCAAUAUCGAAUAUUUAUUUGAAACUAUUGACAGGUCGCUAUUUAACAUUAACAAAAGCUUUAGCGAAGAUUGAAAGGUUAUGGUUAACAGUAAAAGCUAUGACGUCAUCUAAAAAUUGUCAAAUGGUGCAACUCAUUUUUUGCUUAACCGGUAUUUUAAAAUGUUUAUUUGUGCUAAAGUUAGUUAAUGCAACCCGGCCUAACUGUAUUAUAAUAUGGUUAUGUUUAUUAGUAUAUGCUCAGUACGCAAGCGAUGUCGCUAUGCGCAGAUAUAGUAAACAGGGUCUCAUUGGUGGAAAGCGCGGGGGGAGCAUGCGCAGAACGCACCUAUCGUACAACCGGCGUUCAUAACGCGUGCGCAAUGUAUGUACUUACGCAUAAUUCUACUAUAUUUUUUUGCUUAUGACUCUCUUGAUCCGGGCUCUUUGUACGUAGUUGCUUCUAUGCUUUAGCAGACAGGGCCUUAAGUUAGGCGUAUAAAUCAACGUGCCAAUAUUUGACGAAGUUGUCAACCAGCCAUAUUUUAUAUAACUAGGCUAAGCUGUAUAAAAAUAAUAUUUCAAAUGUUACUAUUUACUUAUAUGUAUUUCUUGUAGAUUUAUAACAAUAAAUAAUUGUAAACUCA